AAUUCUAGCAAGGCAGCAAAACUACGCACGAACAUAGAAUAAAUUGAGGUGAAUUGCAUUAAUGCAUGCAAGUGACAAUAUUUGACGUUAAAAAUAAUUUAUAUAUAUUUAUCAUAUACCGUACAAUAAAUUUAUACUCCGUACUAUAUAAAGGCUUGAUUGUCUUGCCAUAAUUUCAUCAUACAUUAGCUAUUUACUUGUUUAGCUUUCAUAAAUCUUAGCUUCAAUAUAAUCUAAGAAUUCCUUUGCUUUUUUUCAAAAAAAAAAAAAAAAAAAAAAAAAAGAAGAAUUCCUUUGCUUUCAUUUAUAAAUUAUCCUAGCUAAGCUAGCUUCAAUAUAAUUAACCUUACCUAAGAAAAUGGGUUCUAUUUAUGAGAUUCCAAUGCCUCAAAAAUCAAAGGGUCCGGCUACAAUCCUUGCUAUUGGAAUUGCCAAUCCACCUAAUGAAUUUAGCCAAGAAGAUUAUCCCGAUUACUAUUUCGGUAUUACAAAUAGCCAACAUUUAACCCAUCUCAAGGCCAAGUUUAAGCGCAUGUGCGAAAAAUCAAUGAUUAAGAAACGUCACUUGCACGUAACCGAAGAAACCUUCAAAGAAAACCCUCAAAUGUGCGAUCGCAAUGCACCAUCCCUAACAGCCCGUCAAGCUAUACUCGCAACCCAAGUACCCGAACUCGGCAAACAAGCGGCGGAGAAGGCCAUCAAAGAAUGGGGGCAACCCAAGUCCAACAUCACCCACGUUAUCUUCGCCACCAACUCUUUCGUCGACACACCCGCCGCUGACCAAUACCUCGUCAUGCUUCUCGGCCUUUCGCCUUCUGUGAAGCGCUUUGUUCUCCGCCAAGUUGGCUGUCACGCAGGAGGUACACUCCUGCGUGUAGCCAAGGCCAUGGCAGAAAACGAACACGGAGCUCGUGUGUUGGUUGUUUGUUCAGAGAUGAGUUCCACUAUCUGUUUCCAAGCUCCUGAUGAGACUAAUCUUUUACCUCACGCCUUAUUUGCUGACGGGGCAGCAGCAAUGAUCAUAGGUGCUGAUAUUGUUGAGCAUCUAGAGCAACCAAUUUAUCGGAUUGUGUCUGCUGAGCAGACUACAAUCCCGAACUCUGAGGGAUCUAUACAGGCUCGCCUAAGGGAAGCAGGGUUAGUUGGUGAAAUACGUCCGGAUGUACCUAUACUUAUAGGAAAAAACGUCGAAAGUUUAUUGAUUGAAUCUUUUAAAAGAAUUGGAGUCAAAGAUUGGAACUCCUUAUUUUGGAUCCCUCACCCUGGAGGUCCAGCUAUAUUAGACCAGAUUGAAACUGAACUCGAACUUGAGCCGAGCAAACUGAGUACUACUAGGCACGUCUUGAGUGAGUAUGGGAACAUGUGGGGUGCGACGGUGAUAUUCAUAUUGGAUGAGAUGAGGAGGAAGUCGUCGAAGGAGGGCAAAUCGACAACCGGAGAAGGAUUGGAUUGGGGUGUGCUGUUUGGUUUUGGUCCUGGCCUUACUGUUGAAACCAUUGUUCUUCAAAGUGUACCACUAAUUAUUUAAUUAAUUAAAUAAUUAGUUGGGAUUAAAUUGGAGAACGAGGUUUUGAAAAAAUAUUACAUCCCUGUUACUUAUCAGUCGAAUCAAUUAGAGACUAAUAAAAAGUUUUCAAUAACUUGUAAUAAUAAUGGAUGUAACUCAUAAAAUUAUGCUAGUGUGUGUCGGUAUUUAUUUAAUUUUUUGU